ACGUCAGCGGACGAGUCGCAUAGAGCGAGAGUGCGCUGUCUCUUCAUGGGUUGGGACAACCGAAGCUCCAUUCAUUCUAUCCUCCUAAAGAAGAUCGCCCCGAGCGCAAUGCUGCUGCAAUUUUGAAACAAAUACUAUUUACAAUUGUGUAAAUAUUGGAAACAUGACCCGGGCUCAUUGCAGAAUCAAUACGUUAGUUUGUGAUAGUAAUUUGGCUGGUUUGAGAAACGCCGAUCGUUGACUAAUGGUCCGGGACCUCUCUUCGCCGAUGGGGUAGCAGCUAGCUGGAUACGAAAACAGCGUCAACUCCGUGUUCAGUCAACUCCGUGAGCAAGGCACAGCCUGUCCAAGCCUUCUGUGGUGAAAAGGUUCAGCAACCAAGUGCUGAACUAGCCUAUUCGACUUCAACAAUCCUCCUGUUUGACUGAAUUAUGUACCAGGUGCAGCUGGUCGGUGAGCAGCAAGAGAGCCGCCCGCUGCUGAGCCCCUCCAUCGACGACUUCCUGUCAGAGAGCCGCAUCGAUGGCCCUGUGGUCCGGCCGGUCACCUCCAACACAGCAGUUCUAUCCUCAGCCCUUGACCUGGUGGACCUGAGCGAGCCCAGUGAACGCAGUAGCAGGAAGGUCAGCGUCAGGGAGCGUCCGAGCCCCUUGGGGCCCCGUAAGGGAAAUUCUAAAAACAGCCCACGGAGAGGGAAUAGACGAGAUGAGACAGAGCUCAUCCAGGUGGAGGUGGAGCGCGCAUCGAGCGCUCGCACCCCACGAGCCCCCGAGAGGGUCUCCCUAGAGUCAGUCAGUUCCUCUUCUCCUUUGGAGAAAUGGGAGGAAGUGAAUCUUCACCCUGAAGGUGCCCUGAAUGACAGCAGGAAGAGACGAUACGAAAAUAAGUGCACCUCACACCAUUCCUCCAGUGAAUUAAUAUGGUCAGCAGAGUUUAAAACAAAUCCAUCUGUGAAAAACUCAUUUGAAGUCAAUAGCAUUGAUGACGAGGACCACAUAUCAGCACUAAAGGACCCAGUACCCCGACAAGUGCGGCCCAGUCUCCGUCACCUCUUGGGCAGACAUCAUUCCCAGGAGGAGGAGUUUGUAAGGGCAAAGGCUGCUGUAGAGUCGGACACAGAGUUCUGGGAUAAGAUGCAGGCAGAAUGGGAGGAACUGGCUCGCAGGAAUUGGCUCGAGGAAGAAAAUGAAGGCCCGAUACCACCCAGCAGCUCUCCAAUUGAGAAGGGCUACUACUUUCACACCAACAACCCGUACAAAGAGUGGCCCAAUGCUUUUGAGGAAGGGCAGCAGAAGGCCAGAGAUGGAGACCUGAACAAUGCUGUCCUGCUACUGGAGGCGGCCAUUUUGCAGGACCCAUCGGACUCGGAGGCUUGGCAGGUUCUGGGCACCACACAGGCCGAGAAUGAGAAUGAGCAGGCAGCCAUCGUGUCACUCCAGAGGUGUCUAGACCUCCACCACAAUAACUUGCCGGCCCUCAUGGCCCUGGCGGUGAGUUUGACCAACACAGGCAUGCAACAGGACGCUUGCAAGGCCCUGCACCGAUGGAUCUGCCACAACCCCCGUUAUAAACACCUACUGCCAGGGAGCCGGAGCCCACUCCUGCAGGGGUCCCCCACCACACCGCGUAGGGGUCGUCCCCAUACGCCAACCUCUUGCAGCCAGCUGGCGGAGGUCAAGGGAUUGUAUCAGGAGGCCGUCUUGCUGAAUACAGAUGGGGUGGACCCGGACCUCCAGACAGGCCUUGGGGUCCUGUUCAACCUCAGCUCUGAGUUUGACAAGGCUGUGGAGGCCUUCAAGUCAGCCCUGUCUGUCAGACCUGAGGACUACCUGCUGUGGAACCGCCUGGGGGCCACACUGGCUAAUGGGGACCAUAGUGAGGAGGCAGUGGAGGCAUACACCCGGGCCCUGGAGCUUCAGCCAGGCUUCAUCAGGUCCCGCUACAACCUGGGCAUCAGCUGCAUCAACCUGGGAGCGCACAAGGAGGCAGCUAGUAACUUCCUGACUGCCCUUAACCAGCAGAGGCAGAGCCAGAGUCACCAAGUCAUGUCGGCUAACAUCUGGGCUGCCCUUCGGAUCGCCCUCUCCAUGAUGGACCGGCCCGAGCUCUUCCAGGCUGCGAACCUUGGAGACCUGGACCGUCUCAUGAAGGCCUUCGAAAUGGGGCGGGUUAUGUGACCACGUUUAGCGGGGCUCCUCAGAUAAACAGUUCGCUAAUUGGCUAGAGGGUUGCCAGAUUGGUGACCAAGAAUGGCUUCUGUUAAUGUAAAGCUAAAUUAAUGUCUGACAGAAGAGAGAUGAAUGUUAUUGAAGAUCGGAAAAAGAGGGGGGAUUGUAGAAUAAUGGAGGUGUUCUAGUAUUUGAAAUGCCAUUAUAGUGGAAAUAUUGGAAGACCUGAACCAACUUGGGAAAUAUACACACUCUUUUAAUUUAGACUGGCCUCCAACAGCUGAAAUUAGGCUACAAUAACGCAGCCAUAGAUCAAAUGGUAUUCCCCAUUCGUUUUGGUAUGGCACUGUAUACAACUUCUGCUGUGGGGUCAUAUACCAUCUACUUUAAGUGGAUGGGAAGAUUGUUUGUGACCCAUUGAAACGGAUUUGCACCACUGCAAUGGGGUACUACUAUUUAUUUCUUAUCCCCGAAGAGCACAACGUUGACUGAGAAAAGGAAAGACAGAGUCUGCUGUAAAGUAGAGGGAAAACAAGCCAUGCAUGCCCGGCAAUCACAUUGUGAAAGAACUGAAGCCUUAUACUAAGUGAAAUGAUAUCAAAUGCACAAGUCGUAAUCACUUUUAUAGACAGCAGGUACUGAUGGUCAAAUUGUGUGUAAUAGUAUAGACUAGAGUCCUCUUGUGUAUAGUUUUUUGUCAUUUUGUACAUACCUGUAUUUAUUUGGAAUAUCACUUCCAUGCAAUGCUCCAAGUACAGUAUGUAAUAUAAGACUGGUUGACAGGUCCGAUAGGCCGGAAAGUAAAUAAGCUAAUUUGGACAUACACACACGUUUGUCGGUACACAGACUGCCUCUGGAUGAACAAUCAUUGUACCAUUUGUGUGUGUGUGUGUGUGGUUGUGUGUGUGUGUGGUUGUGUGUGUGUGUGUGUAGCUUGAUUUUAUUUCAACCACUCUACAGCAAUAAGUGUCGUGUUUUUCCACAAUGCCCACUUACUAUUCAAGUAGUAACUACCCGCACACACCUGCUUGCGACACCUGUUCCAUCUGUUUUUGCAACAUCAGUCACAUGAAAGGAUGUCUGCCUCUCAUCUUUACUAGCAUCUCAGUAGCAACUAGUGACGUUCAAACAGUGCUUUGUGAUCCUGGCUUCAAAGUGUGGCAACAACCGCUGAAAAUGAAAUCCCUCUAAAGCAGCCUGUCAUGUUCAAAUGAGAGUGAUUAAGUCAACAGCGAGGAAAAUGCACUCAAAAUACCCGUUAAAACAAGUUAUGCAAGUCACCCGUUCGUUCAAUGGUUUUACGAAUCAGUGUUUGAUGAGAUAUGAUUUCAAGCAUAAGUCAUCUGCUUUUUAAGAAAUUCUGUUUUUGAGGAUAGAUUUUCCAGUUUACUCUUUCUUACCAGAAAAAAGGUGUGGUGUUUAAAGUGAAUAUUGGUUUACAACUGAAUUGGUAGUGGACAUGUGUGUUGAAUUGACAGUAAAUUCCCUAUGCAAUAUACAGUAUAUUUGUAUAACAUUGACUGUUGUCUCAUAUUUGGUUCAAUUAACCAAACUCAUUGUUUCAUAUGUGUUAGUGCCAGGCUGGAACAAAAGCCUGUUCUCUGGAAGUGGGGUUGGAGAACCCUGAUUUACACUAACCAAUUCCCCAUUUCUUUAGAAUUUACUUUGGGUCUUUUUACCUUCUCAGAUUGUCAAUAAGUUGAAUGUUGGCCAUGGAAUUUGAGAAUGUUGGCUUGUGUAAUGUAGUAUAAUAAUAUUUAUUGACAUUGUACAGUACAUACAAAUCAAAUGGCAAAGUUACUAAACAGUUUCCUCACUGUUUCUACACUGUAAAUAGUGUGCACUGUAUAAAUUAAAGUUACAGCCUAAUUCUAAAAUGGAUUAAAUAAAAACAAAAUGCUCAAUCUACACACAAUACCCCAUAUUUACAUUUUAGCAACUGUAUUAAAAAUAAACAGAAAUAACUUAUUUACACAAGUAUUCAGACCCUUUCCUAUGAGACUCAAAAUUGAGCUCAGGUGCAUCCUGUUUCCAUUGAUGAUCCUUGAGAUGUUUUUACAACUUGGAGUCCGCCUAAGGAAAAUUCAGUUGAUUGGACAUGAUUUGGAAAGGCACUCCUGUCUAUAUAAGGUCCCACAGUUGACAGAGCCAAAACCAAGCGAUGAGGUUGAAGGAAUUUGGGAAGGGUACCAAAAGAAUUCUGCGGCAUUGAAGGUCCCAAAAAACACAGUGGCCUCCAUCAUUCUUAAAUAGAAUAAGUUUGGAACCACCAAGGCUCUUCCUAGAGCUGGCAGCCUGGUCAAACUGAGUAAUCGGGGAUAAGGGUCUUGGUCAGGGAGGUGACAAAGAACCCGAUGGUCACUCUGACAGAGCACUUGAGUUCCUCUGUGGGAGAAACUUCGAGGGACAACCAUCUCUGCAGCACUCCACCUAUCAGGCCUUUUUGGUAGAGUGUCCAGACAGAAGCCACUCCUCAGUAAAAGGCACAUGACAGCCCGUUUGGAGUUUGCCAAAAGGCACCUAAAGACUCUCAGAUCGUGAGAAACCAAGAUUGAACUCUUUGUCCUGAAUUCCAAGCGUCACAUCUGGAGGAAACCUGGCACCAUCCCUACGGUGAAGCACGGUGGUGGAAGCAUCCUGCUGUGGUGAUGUUUUCCAGAGGCAGGGACUGGGAGACUAGUCAGGAUCGAGGCAAAGAUGAACGGAGCAAAGUACAGAGAGAUCCUUGAUGAAAACCUGCUCCAGAGGGCUCAGGACCUCAGACCCGGGUGAAGGUUCACAUUCCAAAAGGGCAACGACCCUAAGCACACAGCCAAGACAACGCAGGAGUGGCAUCGGAACAAAUCUCUGAAUGUCCUUGAGUGGCCCAGCCAGAGCCUGGGCUUGAACCCAAUCAGACAUCUCUGGAGAGACCUGAAAAUAGCUGUGCAGCAACGCUCCCCAUAAAACCUGACAGAGCUUGAGAGGAUCUGCAGAGAAGAAUGGGAGAGACUCCCCAAAUAUAGGUGUGCCAAGCUUAAACCGUCAUACCAAAAAAGACUGCCAAAGCUGCAUCAACAAAAUACUGAGUAAAUUGUCUGAAUACUUAUGUAAAUGUAAUAUUUCUGUAUUUUCUAAAAAAACACUUUUUUCUUUGUCGUUAUGGGGUAUUGUGUGUAGAUGGCUGAGAUAUUUUUUUUUUGAAAAGUCCAUUUUAGAAUAAGACUGUAACGUAACAAAAUGUGGAAAAAGUCAAGGGGUCUGAAUACUUUCUGAAGGCACUGUACAUAAAAAAAACAAACCUAUCAAAAAUUGUAUUUACAGGAUAAUACCAAUAUAUAUUUAAUGCAUUUCUCUAAGAACAACUAUUACAUGUAUUAGCAACGGAAUAUAUUUUACUUACAAGCUACAGUUGAAAUGUCGCCUGUAACCACAAGCACUUAAACUCAAUCUGCACUUGCAUAUUUGUGAUUAAAGGAAUUGUUUGCCCAAAUUACAAAAUAAGUUAGUAUAUUUGCAUGAUAAGAAAACAACUAUGAGCCAGCCAUCACUAUGGAUAAUAUUCUCUUCUGGUCAAUAGAAACAUCUGAUCAUCUAUCUUUGUAAUUUGCGGAACUAUCCCUUUAAGCCAACUUAAUAAAAAAUAGCUGUACUUAUCAAUAAUCAAUAUGUUUAGCAUGUAAACAUGUUGUGAAGUCAUAUCCUUUGUAAGCAUGUACCCAUCAUUAGUUGUCACUUAGCUUUUCCAAAUGUUCAUGCCACUGUAUAGCAGUAUUCCUGUAAAGAAAAAUUAAACACGGGUUUAUUGUCAAUAUUCAAAUAAUAUUUUAGAAAUUAAAGUAUUGUUACAUAAGAUGAAUGCCAUUGUUUUUUUCUGGAUGUCUCACAGCUGCAACACAUUUUCACUAAAUAAAGUCACAUAACAGUAUUAUUACAGCCCAGUGGCGCCCUUGUACUGCAAUCCUUACCACAUCCUUGAUUUGAAAUUAAACAUACAGUACCAGUCAAAUGUUUGGAGACACCUACUCAUUCAUGGGUCUCUUUCUUUUUACUAUUUUCUACAUUGUUGAAUAAUAGUGAAGACAUCAAAACUAUGAAAUAACACAUUUGAAAUCAUGUAGUAACCAAAAAAGUGUUAAACAAAAUAUAUUUUAGAU